UCCGCGGACUUGCAGCCAUGGCUGUCUCCGCCGAGGGCGCCCGCAGGAAGGAGCGCGUCCUCUGUCUGUUUGACGUGGACGGGACCCUCACGCCGGCUCGCCAGAAGAUUGACCCUGAGGUGGCUGCCUUCCUGCAGAAGCUGCGAAGUAGAGUGCAGAUCGGCGUGGUGGGUGGCUCCGACUACUCUAAGAUUGCUGAACAGCUGGGCGAGGGUGAUGAAGUCAUCGAGAAGUUUGAUUAUGUGUUUGCUGAGAACGGGACGGUGCAGUAUAAGCACGGACGACUGCUCUCCAAGCAGACCAUCCAGAACCACCUGGGGGAGGAACUCCUGCAGGACUUGAUCAACUUCUGCCUCAGCUACAUGGCCCUUCUCAGACUGCCCAAGAAGCGUGGAACCUUCAUUGAGUUCCGGAAUGGCAUGCUGAACAUCUCUCCCAUCGGCCGGAGCUGCACCCUGGAGGAGCGGAUCGAGUUCUCCGAACUGGACAAGAAGGAGAAGAUCCGGGAGAAGUUCGUGGAAGCCCUGAAAACGGAGUUUGCUGGCAAAGGGCUGAGGUUCUCCCGAGGAGGCAUGAUCAGCUUUGACGUCUUCCCUGAGGGCUGGGACAAGCGCUACUGCCUGGACAGCCUGGACCAGGACAGCUUUGAAACCAUCCACUUCUUUGGGAAUGAGACCAACCCUGGUGGAAAUGACUUUGAGAUCUACGCCGACCCCCGGACUGUCGGCCACAGUGUUGUCUCCCCUCAGGACACAGUGAGGCGAUGCCGAGAGAUUUUCUUCCCAGAGACAGCUCAUGAGGCGUGACCAGGGCCUGCAUCUGUGCAUCUGACUUCUGAAGAGCUCUGCCCAGGCCUAGAGAGAGGCCCUGGUGUUGGAUGAGAUGCCAGGGCCCCUCCUCCACUGGCCCAGGACACCUGCCUCGUCGUGUACCUGCUGCAAGACCCACCCAGCCAGUCAGCACUUGGUGGGACUGGCCCCUGUCCUCCCAGGGCCCAGAAUGUCCCCGGUUCUCCACCUUGAUGGCCCUGACCGCAGCUGCUGCUUGUACUUCUGAACAGAAUAGGUGUCUAGCCAUGCUGGGAAGAGGCGUGUGCGAAUGUCAGAUUGAGUCCAUCCUGCCUUCCCGCCCCAACAGAUGGGGUGCUGAGUGGGAAGGUACAUAUUUUAGAGAACUUUAUGUCCCAAGUAUUAUUAAAGUUCUCAGAACAAGAUAUGGCA